AUGAAAUAAAUUCAUUUUAAAAAAUAAAAUAAAAAAAAAUUAAAAAAAAAAUGGUAUAUUAUAAUUAAUAUAGUAAUUUUAUAAAUAAAAAAAAAGGUAUAAGGAAAAGGCGGAAAAGGAGGUAAAGGAGGAAAAGGAGGAAAAGGAGGAAAAGGAGGAAAAGGAGGAAAGGUCGGCUCAGGAAAAAGUAAAAAAAACACUUAAUCAAGAUCCUUUAAAGCUGGACUUUAAUUUCCAGUUGGAAGAAUUCAUAGAUUCUUAAAAAGCAGAGUUAGUUUUAAAAAUAGAGUUGGUGCUACUUCUGCUGUAUACACAGCUGCUAUAUUAGAAUAUCUUACUGCUGAAGUUUUAGAACUAGCUGGAAAUGCUUCUAAAGAUUUCAAAGUAAGAAGAAUUUCUCCUAGACAUCUUUUAUUGGCUAUAAGAGGAGAUGAAGAAUUAGACAUUUUAAUCAAAGCUACUAUAUCAGGAGGUGGUGUUAUUCCUCAUAUUCAUAAAGCUUUACUAGGAAAAUUAACUACAAAAAAUAGAUCUAAACCAAACGAAUAAUAAAACUGA